CACCUUAUUUUUCAUCAUUGAACACUUGUUUCUGUUGUGUUUUCGUUUAGUUUUUUUUUUUUCAAGGUAAACUAGUGUUGUCGUUAUUUCUAGCCGGUGGAUUGUUAUGUUCAAAUGUGAAUUCGAGACUUCGGAAAAAGUGAGCUCAAAAAGAGUGCGACAUAAGACAUCAAUUUUGAAUGUAGCACAACAUGAAUAGUUGUCAGAAAAAAUGAACUUGUUUCGAUAUUACAAGUGAAAAAAAGGACCAUAAAAUAUUAAAAAUUCAGUGCAUAAUGUGGAUACACUUUGGACGUGUUUCGGAGCGUUGUUAAAAAUGUCAAUAUUGAAAAAUUUGUUCGCAAAAGUGACACUUCAACAUAUUUUUCUCUGGGUUAAAACGUGACACUUGUCCCGCUUUUUCGUACAACCUUUUCCAAGUUCCAUGUUUUAUCGAAAAACGUCCAAAGAAUAUUCUCAGCAGUUCAAAUGUCUUUUAAUCGAAAAAAGAUGGCAAGUACGGGGCUUACUGAUUAUGAUAUCAAUAAACCGGAUGAAUUACUGAACGAUGUGAAAUCGACGGUUAAAAAGGCUACCGUUCAUUUAAAUUCAUCUAAUACAAGCUACAACAUCAAUGAACCGAAUAAUCUAUUGGAGGAUGUAAAAUCGACGGUGAAUAAAGCUUCUGCACAUUUAGCGAAUGCAAAAGAUAGAGAUGGCGGAAUCGACUCUGGUUUACUUGAGCCCUCAAGUACAACAAAGACGAUUCGCACCGAAACAACGACAACGACUGAUGAAUCGAAACCAUCGACCCGUUCAGUAUUGGGUUCACCAAGUUUAGUAAGAAAAGUGAUGAACGAAUCAAGAACACGCCAACGAAGCCAAAGUCCCAAGGAACGUGACAUCAAAUUUGAUACGGUCAAUCGAAGUCCGAAAGCAAGUCGGGAGGUUAAAUUUGAUUCAGGUCCAUUGAUUGAGACCACUCCAAAUUCAACUACAACUCGUACGUACAACUAUUCAAAAACAACCACACGCAAUGCAUCGCCAUACAAAACGGAAAUUGUGGAAAUGGACACGACUGACUUGCCACCGGAAUUGAAAGAUGUUCCCAUUUCGAAUGAUUUGCUGCCACAACCGGGCACAAAAGUAACAACAACGAUCAAAACUUUCUCAUAUCAAAUUCCGGACGAUACAAAGACACCAACCAACAAAAAUUUCACAUACAAAAAUGAAUUUUACAAUUCGUCCAAAUCAUCGAAUACUUAUAAUCCAGAGAGUUAUGCUCCAAUAAAAACAACAACAACUCAUUUAAGUGAAUCGCACAACACUUCGGAUCGAACGAUUCCACCGUCAAUUGGACCAAACCAGUCGUACUAUUACAAAAAGGAAGUCAAUGAAACGAGAAACAAUGUGUAUGGCGGAGCACCGCCACCACCCGUUAAUACGACCACCUCAUUGUAUGAACGAAAUGAAACGAAUGACACUCGUAAUGUUUUCCAUCCGCCAGGUGGUAUACAACCUCAAAACGGUAGUCUUCCACCAGGUGCUAAACAAACGUAUUUGUACAAAAAAGAAACGACCAACACUACAAACACUGUCUAUGAGCCACCAAAUCAGGUCUAUGUACCACCCGAACCAGUAACGAAUAAGUAUUACAAAUCAACGUCGUCAACAACAACGAAGACUCAUAGUCAACCAUUGCUGACACCUUUCCCAACCGAUGGCAUUGAUGGCCCACCAAAGAAUCUGAAUCAGUUGAUGGCUUCAUUUGAAGAGGAAACGGUGCAAGUCGACGAUGAACCAUAUGUGCCGCGUAAAGAAGUCAAUACAGCAUUGGCCACGAAAAAUGUUGCCGGUCCACCGGUUUACUAUCCACCUGGCAAAGAGCUAUUUGCAAAAAGCGAGGCUCAAGCUACAUUGAGAGCUAGAGGCGGUUAUGGUAAAGGUAGCGGGAAGUACGAGUAUGAAGCUGAAAGCAAAUCGAAAAGUGCCAGUAAGUCUGGUGCUGCUGUUGUUCCAGUAUGUUUACCAUUAUGUUGUGCCAUGCCAUGUUCGAUCAUGUAGAUCAAUGAAAAUGUCUAUGUCCAUGUCUUGGAGCGCGGAAUACAUGAAUACAUUGAUGACUAUUCAAACGGCAUUUGCAUCGCAUUGAUUCUGUAUAAUAACAAAUUGGUUUAAACCACCAGAAUGGAGUUUAGAUGUUUCGAGUUUAAAGUACUAAAAACUAAGAUUUUUUCUUCAAUCGAACAACGCAAGUUGAAAUCAAUACACAAUUUUUCGUAAUUUAGAAUAAAAUAUUCGUUUAUGUUCUUCUUAUAACUAAAAAUUUCAAUAAAAAAUGCUCAAUUGUAUUUCUGUUAAGAA